UCUGCCAAAAAUCGACAAUAAAACUCCAAUAAAUCGAGAGUGUGGCGAGUACAGGCGGCAGUCAUCGAAGAAUCAUCGAUGAUUUAUAGGAUCAGAAUCAUCGAUGGCACAUUGCAGCUAGCCCAGCUAUAAGGCAAGAUGCAGCCUGGCCUACUAAUCCUCGGGCUUGCCUACCUAGGCCUGCCUGCAUGCGAGGCGCAACGACCUAUCGUCUUCGGAGAGUCAACGCCUUCAGGGUGCCACUGCGUGCCGUUUACGGACUGCCGUCAGCUUCUGCCGCCUAUGGGCCAGCGCCUAUCGUACGUGCAAGCGGCGGCCCUGCGGCACCGAAGAUGCGGCUUUGUUAACCGAACCAUCAAGGUGUGUUGCGAGGGAGGGCAGCCAUCACCCACUGUAGAGGAUACUUCUUCUCCUGCUGGAGUUGAUGGGGAAAAGGGCGGGCACCCCACCGACCUGCCCUUGACCUGCGGCAACCAAUUUUUCGUUGAAAGAACAUUCACUACAGGGGGAAAGAACGCCCCCCUGAGGAGCAACCCCUGGAUGGUUGCCUUGGGGUACAUGGUGCCGGGUCGGCGUGGUCAGCUCGAGCUGAGUUUCCAGUGCGGGGCGUCGCUGGUGACGAGCCAGCACGUCGUCACCGCCGCCCAUUGCGUCCGUCCUGACGACCUAGGAUUCCGCUCCCUGACACAAGCGAACAUCGGUGAGUGGAACACAGAGACAGACCCCGACUGCAUUUCGCCUCUAGUCAGCGGCAGAAGCUUCUGCGCGCCGCCCGUUGUCGUACGUCAGAUCGCUGCCAUCACCUGGCACCCGCAGUACAACUCAAACGGGAGAUACAACAACGACAUCGCUGUCGUCAGGCUUGACAGGCCUGUUACAUUUGGACUUUUCAUACAACCAAUUUGCAUCCCGAACAAUUUUGACCUGAAUAUCUCGGCGUCGUCGGUGUUGAACCAAAUGGCUCUGGCGGUAGGCUGGGGGGCGACUGAGACACUUGUCUCCUCCCCAGUGCUGCAGGAGAUCAGGCUCCCUUUGGUGGACAUGCAGCGCUGCAACGCCUCCUACCUGGGCAUCCUAAGUGAAAACCAGAUUUGCGCGGGGGGUGAACCGGGAGUGGACACGUGCCGGGGGGACAGCGGAGGCCCUUUGGUGACCACGAACAAUCAAAGGCAAUUCAUCCUCGUAGGACUCACCUCCUUCGGCCGUAACCGGUGCGGCAGCAACGGCAGCUUCGGAGUCUACACGGCCGUCUACAAGUAUCGGGACUGGAUCGUCCAGACCCUCGCGGUAUAGGAUCUGGAGGAUACCCUGAAUGUUCAGUGUCUUUGGAUUAACCAAAGACCUUGAAUAGAUAAGUUUUUUUGGCUUGACUGUGAAGGUUGGAACUAUUAUUUCCUAAAAUUUUUUGACCCAAAUGAGGAACAACUUCCUAAUAGCCAGAUCUCUGGCUUUUGAAUAUACCGCGUUGAUGGUACAGUAUUAGUGUAUCAUUAUUAGUAUAUUUGUACUAUGUUAUGAUAUUAUUAGUCUGCUGGGUGACCUCGCUACUUGCAGGUCCGUUGCGGCUGGACGGAGACGAGUGCGAGCUGCAUUUAAGAAAGCAUUCCUAAUUAACAUGCUUACCCAGGGAUUAAAGUUCCAAACUAUAUAUAUAUACAUAUAUAUAUGACGUUUGGGAAAACACGGCAUCGGUAGAAAAGGGUCGGCAUCGAUAGAAUUUAUUUGAAUCUCAACUUUGGGUAAUGAUAGCAUCCUAUUUAUGACAUUGCAUUGACAUCUAAAUAGUUCUAAUCCAGUACAAUGUGUAUUUAUUUCUGAGUUAUACGACUAAAAUGCAAGCAAUUAUUCAAUAAAACCUUUCAUUAUAUUAAAAAAUACUUGCAGC